AUUCGGAAUGACAAUUGACGCUAACAAAAUUAUACUUCCAAUGGAAUGUUUCACAACUAGGUUUAAAGCGACCGUUAGGCACACUGAGAAAUAUGUUGUAACAAAUUAACUUCAAGGGACAGAGUUCUUCUUGAGAAGCUAAUAGUCGUACAAUUCCGCAGCCGAAGAUUUGUUACCCUGUUCAUCGCAACCCGAACUACCAAUGACACUCGAUUGAUAUAUUUAGCAGCGGUGAACAGAUGAACAAUACGAUACUUCGCGUAAUUGUGUAGCCGCGCUGUGUAGUUCGCAGUUUGGAGGCAGCCAGGUGAUUCGGAGAAAUGUAAUGUUUACAUCAGCACAUUAAAAAAAGACAGAUUAGACCGGACGAGACACCAGCAGGAGUCAAGCUGUGCCGCCGUGAGAAACUCACACCCGAUACGCCCGAUACUGUACUAUAGAUAUUGCCAGAAAAAAGUACCGUGUAAUGAGCCCGGAAAAAUAGUUUGAUAUGCACAAAUAUAUGUAUAGACAAUAUUUUGCUUAUAACAAAACGCCUAAUAAAGGUUGUCAUGCCUUUGAAGGAUAUUUUGAACAUGUAACUUAUUUCGGUCGCGAACCUGGGGGGGAGAAAAAGCAAAUUGCGCGGAGAAGAGGUUAUGUAUUCACAACUGAUGUAUAUUUGACGGACGCCUUUUAUUGAUGUACGAUAAAAUACGCGUGCAUGUGUCUUUAUGCUUUUAAAGUAAGAAUGACGCUAGAUUUCAACAAAAUAUGCCGUCUGUGUAUGGCACAACCAAGUGGAACAUUGUUACCAAUAUUUAGCCAAGAGGACAACUUGCCUGGCAAAGUUAUGACUUUGAUGCCACUUAUAAAGUUGUGCAUCAAUGAUGGUCUGCCAUCCCAAGUGUGUUCUCAGUGUGUUCAACAAGUGAACACAAGUUAUAACUUUAAGCUUCAGUGUGAAACUGCUGAUGCUACACUCAAGCAACUAGUUGGUUGUCAUCAAUCACAAACUGCUUUACAGGAAGAAAGCAGUAGUGAUGGAACCUGUACGUCAGCACCAGUGAAGGAAGAACUUAUAAAGCUAGAGAUUACUAUUGAAGAUGAUGAUAUGCUUGUUAGAGAUAAUGAGAGCCCAGGGUUGUGUGAUGAAUACAGUGGCUCAGACACCUUGACUGAUCCGUUGCUAAUUGACAUAAAUGAAAUGGACAAUCAGGAUCAUGACAUUAGAUCCAGUACAACAAAAGAGAUGAGGGUGAAACAGAAUUUUGUUUGUGAUAUUUGUGGGAAGAUUUUCAAAGUGAAAAAACAUCUAAACAAUCACAUGCUGUCACAUACAGGAGAAAAACCUUUUUCAUGUGAUGUGUGUCUGAAAACAUUUGCGCUGAAAGAGUGUCUCAAGAUUCAUUCCAGGAUACAUACUGGUGAGAAGCCAUAUUGCUGUGAAGAAUGUGGUACACGUUUCACUCAGAAGAGUGGCCUUCUUACCCAUAGAAAUACUCAUAUAGGACACAAACCUUAUUCAUGUGUUGAGUGUGGGCUAAAAUUUGCCCGUCCUUCUCACUUGCAGGCACAUUUGGUUCGACAUACCGGUGAAAAGGCAUUUUCUUGUAAUCAGUGUGGCCGAGAAUUUGGACGAAGGGAUUCUUUAAAGAAGCACAUGCGUGUUCAUACAGGCCACAAACCAUUUUUAUGUACAGUAUGUGGAAAAAGUUUUGCACAAAGUCAGAACCUUAAAGUUCAUAUUGCAACUCAUUCGGAAAAUAAACCGUUCAUAUGUUUAGAAUGUGGUAAAUCUUUUGCCAACAAUGCUCGCUUAAAAGAUCAUUCAUCUGUACAUUCUGGCAAGAGGCCAUUUUGUUGUCAAUAUUGUGCGAAGGGUUUUGUAAGGAGAGAACAUCUUAAAUAUCAUCUGAAUGCUGUACAUGGAAAGAAACAAACAGAUUUAUGACCUCAAGAUAAGUGCUUUCAUUUCUAUAAUUCAGUAACUGAUGAACCAUAUUUGUCAUUAAGAAACUGGCUAUGAAGCUGGUUUCCUAAGCCCUUGUUAUUCACUUCAUCACCGUAAUUUACACCUAGAACAGUUCCUUAGUGUCUCAUUCCUUUGAACGUACAAUGUACAAGGGCUAUUCGGAAGCUAGGAGGCACGCUGUAGCAUAGUUGGUUGAGGCAUUAUGCUUCAAGCUCGAAGGUUGUGCAUUCAGUGCCUGAUGAGGUCACUGGAUUUUUCAAUUGACCUAAUGCUUCCAGUCAC